AUGUCGAAGCAAAAAGGAAAGCUUUCCAAAACAGAAGCAUAUUCAUUCUUUGAAGAUGCUCUGGUUACUACAGAACUAUCAGGUACCGAUCAUGAAACUUUACCAUUUCAAGAAUGGAACGACCUGGAUAUUAAUAUGGAAAAAUGGGACUUAAGCGCUGGUACAAAGGAUAAAAUAGCGCAGUUUCAAGAAACGAGCACCUCUUUCGAAGAUCACCAACAAGUUCAUCUACCUCCUAGUAUCUUCUGCGACAGCUGGAAGAAACUGUCAGAAGUUUUUUCAAACGUGAAUUUUGUUAUUUUCGUGAACAAACCUACCUAUCCAGACCUCAUCAGUAACAGUCGUCACGUGCUGCACAGCUAUUUUUAUCGUAGUUUCAUAUCAAGUAUCGAAACUUUACUCUAUAUCGGUUCGACAAUGCCUUUUCCUGAAGAGCACGGUACCACUGGAUUUGCCGCUGCCGUCGGCAGAUUCUGGAGACCCUGGCACCACAUAUACUCGAACUGCAAAAUUCAGAAGAACCAAGGGGAGCAUACACCUCUAUAUAAUCCUUCAGGAAAGUACGUUGUUCGUCUCUUCUGGAUGGGCUCGUGGAGAAAAAUAUACGUUGACGACUAUCUUCCUCUAGAUAAGUCCGAAAAUUUGCUACUCCCAACAUUGAUUGCUCCAAAGAAAGACAUCGAAGUGGUCGAUGAAGAAGCGGAUAAAAGUCCGAAGUCUCAAAAGAGCACCAAAAGACCCAAAUCGAAAGAUCGAAGUCUUUCCAGAAAAGAAACUGUGGAAAUUUGGCCCUUUUUACUUUGUAAAGCGUUGCUGAAGAUAGGAUGCCUUAGUUGGAGCUCUAAAAGGGAACUAAACCACUUUGAUAUUAUACAGUGUCUUACCGGAUGGGUACCUCAGAGGAUUCGUACAGAUGUUUUGAAUUCAACCGAUCUUUGGGAACUUCUAAUGGCGUAUGUAAGACCAUUUGAAUGGGACGAAGACAAGAAACAUAGCAGUUCAUCGAAACAAACUGCUUCUUCAAAACAAUCGAAAAUGACCAGUAAAGAGACGGGAAAGAAGUCAAAAACUGUCAUUCCUAGCGGAAUAGAAAAUAUGAGGGAAGGAGACUAUUUUGUUAUAGCUGCUUGCGACAAUUUUGAACUGUCUUUAGUGAAGGAAAGAAACAACUCCGUAGUAACCAAUAGCGUGUUUCUCAACCAAAUUCGUGACAUUCCUCUAAUAAAACCUCCUCCAAGACCAGAAUUGGCAUAUUGGCAAACGUUUCGAUACGAAUACUGGGCAACCGAGCAGGGAAUCAUACCACCUGAUAUUAAAAAACUGAAUAUAAAGUCUUUGAACAUUGUGAGCCCGUUUGACCAAUUGGCGAAUAAGAUGAAAACAACAGAAGGAGGGGAUGAUUUUAGUGAUACUAGUCCUGAACUCGAAGCACUGGACAAAAAAUCCGAUAAAAGCUCAAAAUCCUCCAAGAAAACAGCCAAAAUGAAAAGCAUGAAAAACCAGCUACAGCCGGACCCGUCUUUUUGGAUCGAUUUUAGCGAAAUUCAAGACACGCUUCUGUAUAUAACCAUUUACUUCCAGCCAAGGUUGUUUAAGAGUAGGGCUAAAGUGUCCGACUUGAAUUUCUUGUAUAAAGCUACGGAUUACAAGCACAUUGUCAAUCCCCUGGAAUUAAGUUGCUCCAGAAACGAACCAGUAUACAUUUUUUUGGACUCAAUCGACUCAAAAUUUCUGGUCAUUAAUUUCAGUCAAACUGGAAAUACGGAACACCUUGAAAGAACUACAGAGGAGACCAUGCAUUCGUUGGCAAGCUGCGAAGGAGAAGACUUGGAUUUCUGCCUGAGCCUUUUACUCAAGAAAACAGAAGAAACAUUUUCAUUGAAUAUGGACCAAUUCAGCUCCUCGCAGUGGGCUAACAAGUCGUUCUUUGUCUGUCCUUUCAACACCAAACCGGUCAAUUUCCUUUUGGAGGAGUACUAUUGGAGGUCUAACUCUUUCGGACGGGCGGCUACGAACAUUCAAACGGUCGGUAGUAAAAGCGUGAUGUUAGAGGCUAAACCUGGUAGAGUUUGCUUUAGGUUAUGGAUCUCAUCCCACUGUUCCUACGUCAUCCAACUAUUCUGUGAUACGCCUCUGACAAUCGGAUGUCUGGAAGAGUUUUACACGGCGUGCGCCACUGAAUCUGAGUCACUCACAAAUAAGUGUUAUGAACUAUCAGAUUGUUUCGGAAAAUUAGUUCAAUCGUUUGGAACAGAAGACUAUGAGCUUCAUCUCAAAAACUUCUUUCUGUGCUACAAAUCGGAAGAAGACUUGAAAAAGAAAGAUUCCUUGAUAAUUCACAAAGCCUUCUUAGAUGAAUUAUACAAGAUGAUCUCUGCUAAUUGCUCUCUGCCGAAUAGUUUGGACUGUACGAAAUUGAUCCUACUUCAGUUGAAGACGUUCGAUUAUAUCAAUCCCUACAGCGAGGAUGAUCUUCAUGUUCCAGAAGAAAUUUUUGAAAAUAUUAAUCAAACGCAGUACUACAAGGAAAUGCAGAAAGCCGCAGUUAAAAUACAGGCUUUCUUUAAAGGAAUCUACAUCAGAAGGAUUAUGAAGAAAAUGAAUGAGAAUCACAAGCAAUAUUUUAGCAUUUUUGAGACACUGAAAAAAGUCUAUCAAGAGAUAUUUUCCUCUGAAAAACGACUCAAUUUCUGUCCAACGUUGUUUAGAAGGUUUUUUGAGCGUGAAGAUAUGAAACAUUUCAAAGAAAAAUUCGAUUUGUAUAAGGACAUGGCCUCUGUUCUAGCUCUGAUUAAUUUCAACAAUGCUAUAAGCGUUCCUGAACCACGCUGGGUCUGUAUCUGUCGCUAUCAAUUCCACAUUAACUCUACAAAACCCCUAUUCAUCAAAAUAAACCUGUUUUGCAAUCUGGACAUGUACUAUGUUAGGGUUUUUGAUAACGAUAGUCAAAAAGAGAUGAAACGAUACACUACAAACGUCGCUGUGGAAGAAUAUGCCAGUAACAUCCACGGAUACACUGUACUGUGCUACGCGUUUGUCAAGGAACCGAGGAAAGUCUAUUGGAAAUUGAUAAUAGCUACUCAGAAAAUGUCUAGACACGACCUAAUAAUCUUACAACAAAAUAAUGUUGCGUCUAUAUCCUUCACAGAACCUUACAUGCCUAAUUUCAAUCAAAAAAUAUGCAGGUAUUGCGUAAAGGUCGAUUCGGAAUCUUUCCUGACAGCUCACCUAACAACUUCCUACGAUAACGCGCGUAUGAAAUUGAAAUUGUUGGAUUCAAAGAACAAGGUUCUUCGGGAAGCUUCUGGAAUUGGAGGUGUUUUACUACCGUUGAUGCAUCUACAUGAUAGUAAAUCGAAUGAAGAUGAUAAUGCUUCAAAGUUAAAGAAAUCUACGGAGACCUGUCUCAGUGAGGUUACCUAUGGCAAACUGGGCGAGACUAAAACCAAAAAGAAGAAAAGUCGUGCAUCUGUCGAGAUUAAACAAGAUAACUUCAAACAUGGAAGUACUCAAGAUCUAAGCAUGAAAGGAGAUAGUAUAUCCAAGAGAAGUGUCUCGCUGAAGUUAAAAUCGUCAGAGAAACUCAGUCAAAGGUCAGCUACAUCCCAAGCUAAUCGAAAUAACGAAAAAAUGAGCGAUUCAUUAGCAAAAUUAACAGAAGCAAUUAGAAGCGAAUAUGUCUUGGAGGCAAAUGUGGUUGACCAGUCAUGGCCUUUAACAUCUAAGGAGUGGACCAAUGUCCAGAACUGUCGAAAAUCACAGUACCUCUAUCAAACAACCGAAAGCGACGAAAAACACAAAGUAACCCCAUCCCAGAAAAAGCCACAUCUCGCAACAGAACCUCCUUUUUUCGUCCUCGAUCUGGUGUAUGGUGCGGCGGAGGGUCUGGAAUUCCUGGAAGACAACCUGAAACUGGAGAAGAGGAAGCGAACAAAAAGGAAAUGGUUCGAAAAGGACAAGGGCAGAUUCAGCAAAGCGAGGGAAUUUAGGACACAGUUUCUGAACAACCAUACUAUUAUCCGUAAACUAAGUUUAAAAGAUGGCGAUAGAAGCAAUACUGCUGAAGACUUUUUGGAGAAGAUUGUGGAAGAAUUUCCUAUUGAAGAAUUUCUCACUGUACCACUGGAAAGUGUGGACGACGAUACUUGUAAAGUUAAACGUGACGCUGAUUACAUUGCUGAAGAACGCGCAUUGGAAGAAACCUUAGAAGCCUAUGAAAAUGAAGAAAAGUUGGCUAAAGAGAAGCUUAAUGAAUUAAUCAAUAAACAAAUCGAAGAUCUUAGUAUGCUAAAUUCUUGGUUUGAGGAAAUCAGAGGAGAUUCUAGCUUUAUGAUUCAAGAGGCUUUAAACGAACAACACCAAUAUUUAAAGAAGGUUGAGCAGGAAAUUCAAAAAGACAAAAGUGCGAAAAAAGGCGGCGACAAGAAAAAUAAAAAGAAGAAAUAAAUCACUAAAUAAUAUGAC